UCGUGCACUUCGUGGUAGCAUACUGAUCACCCAUAUGGCCGUAUCAGCCGAAUUGAUGGAUGUACCGGAAUUUUGAACUCGCUUAGAGCUUUUUUAUGGUAACCGCCGAAACCGCAUUUGGUAAGCUUUUAUCCGGAUAUGGCCGCCCCAGUCGCGCACUGUCACUAUAUUGUCACGUUCAGUCUCCCUCAAUUUCGUUCCGACGGGAAAUAUCUUCUUUACCGCCAAUUCAGUAGCUGUAAGUUGAGCUCCGGCGGUACAACCGUCACUGGCAUAACCCUACGACGCCGUGUGGUGCGAAGGAAUUCCUAUGUAACCUGUUUCGCCUCCAAUAAAUCUGCUCAAUCAUCCGAAAUUAGUUCUACUGCCAAGAUAAGAAGUGAAGUCCUUUCGCCAUUUCGGUCAGUUCGUAUGUUCUUCUAUCUGGCUUUUGCGGCAAGCGGGGCUCUUGGAGGAUUUAUAGCCACAACACGGCUCAUGGCAGCACUGGCAAAUUCGUCAAGGGCUGCAGAACUUCCCGAGAUCUUGCAAGGUCUUGCCAUAGAUAUUGGAGCAGCAUCCCUAUUUGCUUUUCUGUAUUACCGGGAGAAUAGAUCUAAAAAUGCCCAACUACUUAAGCUCUCAAGAGAAGAAAGCCUCUCAAAUCUAAAACUUCGUGUGAAUGAGACUAAAAUCCUUCCUGUUAGUGAUUUUAGAGGAAUUGCUCGUCUGGUCAUUCUUGCUGGUCCUUCAUCUUUCAUCUCUGAGUGUUUUAAACUCAGUGAACCAUUUACUGACUCCCUUGUAGAAAGAGGGGUGCUUGUUGUUCCAUUUGCUAGUGAUGCACACAUGCCGAAUUUUGAGUUUGAUGAGAAUGAACAGAUGAAGGAAAAGAAUGCCAGGAGAAAAAGGCUAUGGCAGCUUUCUCCUGUUUAUGUAGCUAACUGGACCAAAUGGAUCGAUGAACAAAAAAACCUGGCUAAUAUCUCCCCUGAAUCCCCUGUGUAUCUUUCGCUACGCAUGGAUGGUCGUGUUCGUGGUAGUGGUGUCGGAUACCCUCCUUGGAAUUCUUUUGUACUUCAGCUUCCACCUGUAAAGGGGAUGUGGUCUGGUUUGCUCGAUGGCAUGGAUGGAAGAGUUCUUUGAACAGUGUAUUGUUUUUCCUGCAUUAUGACUUAUGAGCGUGGAUAGCUUUGCCCUCUUCUCUAAGACAGUUAAGGGAUGAAUGAAACAAGUGUGUUCCAGUGGCUCACCAGAGAUUGAAAUAUUGAACCACAAAAGAUGCAGUGCAUUGAACAUCUCAUUCAGCAUAUCAAAAUUGCCAUUGUAUCAGGUGCCACAUUUUAACUUAGGUGCUUGUGCAGCGUUUUGGCCAAAACACUGAAAUACAAACAUCACCUUAGUUGUAAUUAUGCAGGUAAAUUUGGCUGAAUUUGUUGAUAUUGAGGCUGAAAUGAUGAAUUGCAGAACCGGCCCGGCCCGCCCACUGUAGCCACCGGCCCGGCCCGGUGGCCCGGUCCAACGGCGGUUCGGGUCGAACCGGCCCGGUGGAUACCGGUUCCGGGCCCAGGCCCUCCAUUUGGUGAACCGGCCCGGCCGGUUCGGGCCCGGUCCGGGCCGGAAUAAUUAUUAUUUUUUUUUUUGAAUUUUUUUUAAGUUUUGGGUUGGAUUAGGUAUUUUGGGCCAUUUGAGGUAAGGGUGGACCGGUUCCGGUUCGGGCCCGGUUCGGGCCCGGCCGGUUCAAGGCCCGAACCGGGCCCGGCCCAAACCGAGUCCACCCAUAAUUACAGACAUC